CCGGCUUUUACAUCCUAUUUCAUGUAAUUUCGUGCAGGUUUGAUUAACAAGUAUUAAUUAAAUUAUUAUUUUUGUGUCGUAGUUCAUGACACGUAGAAAUCAGCGUGUACGUUUUGUUUCGGAGUCCUUUUAGAUGUUUUUAGACACAACCGGAAGUGAUUUUGUUGUCGUUGUGAGUGACGCGUCAAAACGCGCGAGCUGCAGGACGAGCAGGUGAUCAGUUACUAUGGCAGCUCCCGGUGCAUUAACGGUGAACUAUACCAGAAUACAGACAUUAAUGUCAUGUUUUACAUAUUGUCGACGACCAAAGCGAUGGAUUAACCUGAAAACGGUCAACCGGAGAAGCUCUUUUUGUCAGUCACUGAAAAGACAUGUUGCCACUGUGGUCUCAGGGGCAGAACUUGCUCGUCAAAUUCAUAAAGAAGUCCAGAGUGAUAUAGCAAAGUUAGUGGCUGAAGGCAACAGAAGACCCCAUUUGAGUGUCAUCCUGGUGGGAGAUGAUCACGCCAGUCACACUUACGUGAGAAACAAAACCAGAACGGCUUCACUGCUGGGCAUGUCAAGCAGCACAAUCUUCAGGCCGUCAUCUGUAUCUCAGGAGGAGAUGCUGGAGCUGAUUGAUAAAUUCAACAGAGACAGAAACAUUAGUGGCUUGCUGGUCCAACUUCCUCUUCCAGAGCACAUCAAUGAGAGAGCCAUAUGCAAUGCUGUCGCCCCAGAAAAGGACGUCGAUGGAUUCCACAUUGUAAACAUCGGGAAACUCUGCUUGGACCAGAGGUGUAUGAUACCAGCUACAGCUGCGGCAGUGUGGGAAAUCAUCAGAAGAACAGGACUUGAAACUGUUGGAAAAAAUGUGCUCGUUGUUGGACGCUCCAAGAAUGUUGGGAUGCCUAUUGCAAUGCUGCUGCAUUCAGAUAGAAAGCAUGAACGAUCUGGAGGUGAUGCCACUGUUAUAAUGGCUCAUAGAUGCACUCCUUUACCACGGCUGAAAGAACUCGCCAGGCUGGCUGAUAUCGUGAUUGCAGCUGCAGGUGUGCCUCACUUAAUAACGGCAGAUAUGGUAAAAGAAGGAGCUGCAGUUAUUGAUGUCGGCAUAAACCGCAUGCAGGAUCCAGUCACUGGUAAAUCUCGUCUUGUCGGAGAUGUGGAUUUUGAAGCUGUGAAGGAGAAAGCUGGAUUCAUCACUCCCGUGCCUGGAGGAGUCGGACCAAUGACCAUCGCCAUGGUAAUGAAAAACACAGUCACUGCUGCCAAAAAUGCCCCAACAUACUGAAGCACAAAACCUGCUAUUAAACUGGAAAAGAUGCAAGCACUUGACGAAGUCUGGAUACUUUAAUUGGGAUUAUUUGUUCGUUUCCUGAUUAUAAAUGCAAGCCUCUGCAAGCUUCCCCUACAACUUCCUUUCCCUGCCCAUCAGCAAGCUGUAACAGGCUCUCUACCUUUUGUUGGCAUGGCCACCAUGCACAUCCAUGACAGGAAUUACACCCUAAUUCUUUCCUAACUUUUUCUUACUAGUUCUCUCCUUAAAAAUUAGAUUGAUUCUAAGAAGUUGCUGCAUAUUGAACAGUGUUAGGUUAAGAAAAUAAGGUGGGUCUUGCUGUAUAAGGGUAGUGUUUCCUUCCUUACAAUGCCUCAUUGAAGUCGGAAGUCUUGCAUCAUUUUUUACUGGAGAGUUUCGGUGGGACUUGACAGGUGGCUUCAUGGCAGAGUAAUAGCUGGUUCUCAGGUGUCUGACAAAAGAAUCUGUGGACACUAAUGCAAAAUAUUAAAGGACAUUAUGCUUUUCUCAGGAAUUAUUUUGAUCCUCUGGUGCUGCUCAUAUGUUAUUUUUUUUAAUUGAAUAUUGUUAUUAUUAUUUCAUUUAAAUGAAUGUACUGUAAUUUUAUUCAGCUAUGUUUUUUGUAUGUGUAUUUAAAUUAUAGUUAUGUCAUAUUUUUCAACUAUAAAUCUGAUAUGAAAAGGGUGUUUUCAGAAUCUGCCUAACAUCGAAACUGCAAGAGAAUCAAAAGAAAAGAAAAAUGUUAAAGGGGUAGUUCACCCACCCACUCACUCAGAAAAAAAUAUUACUCACUAUUUAUUCACCCUCAAGUUGUUCCAAAGCUUUAUAAGUUUAUAAGUUUCUUUAUUCUAUUGAACAUUCAAACCUGAAAACCUGUUACCAUUGACCUCAAUACGAAACCAAUACGAUGGAAGUCAAUGGUUCCCAGCUUUCUUGUAUUCAAAAGAAGAGAGGAAGUCAAACAGGUUUGGAACAAUUGAAGGGUGAGAAAAUAAUGACUUUUAAUGUUGGUUGAAUUAUCCCCUUGUUUCAAAUAGACUUUCAGCAAGAUUUUUUUUUGUGUAGUGCUAAACAUUUCCAUGUGUUAAAAUUAUUUUUACGUUUUAAGUUCUCGCCAAGGAUUGUUUAGGCGAGUGCCGAAAAUUUUACCAAGCUGCUUUUCCACUAUCGUGCCAUGUGAGGAACAAUUAGGUAUGGCUCCAGUUGUUUCCUUGUGAGCCUUGAACGGUGUGGCACAAUUACAAACCGCUCUCGGCUCGGAAUUCUAGGCAUGGUAAGACAACUGUGCUGAAACACGCUUGGCUGGUAGAGCGCAUGAUGUCGCCACUCUUUUGCCCGACUGCCUGUUUCUCCCUACCGCACUAUUUAUUUAUUUGUUUGUGUGUUUGGUAUUGGUAUUAAAUGAAGUAAAUAUCAGAAGACAGAAGUCUUUAACACUGAAAUAUUCGAUCAUCAUCCAUAUCAUUUGUUUACAUUACACAAGGCAACAUCCGACGCAUUUGUAUUACAUUCCAUAGAGUUCCAUUAUCUGCACGAGAGUGUAAGUGUAAGUGCUUCUGCGUUGACUGAGCCAAUUUGACAUGAAAUGGAAAGGUUAAGCUAACAGAUCUCUUCGGCCCAAUAGUGGAAAAGCAAAACAAAAAUGUUACAUUUUUGCACCAGAGUUUUAAAAGUUUAAAUUCUUUACAACAAAAUGGCAAAAAACACAACAAUGCUGCUGUAUUUAAUAUUUAUUUACUAUUUAUUUUAUUUAUUAUUUUAUCUACUAUGUAACCACAUCAAUGCUUAUUAUGCAGAUAUGUGUAUAUACACACUAACUGUUUUUUGUGUAUAUGUGUAUGUAUAGUUAUUUUUAUUGCCUCGAAGCACAAAGUUUUGUUUAUCUGUGUGAUUUAUGGUCUUCAUCAAACACUUUUAUUUGCAUUUUUGGGUCCUUUAUAUCCAAACUUCCAAUAAUUACAAUAAAAAACAUUAAGGUUAAAA